CUAAUCCACUCUUUAAUAGAGUCUCUUUCUCUUGUGAUCUUUAUUAAUGACUCUAAGAGGAUGACACAGUACUCUUGGUUCAAUUUUUUGGUUGUCUGGUUUUCUCUCCCUCCACCUAAGUGAGGGCUUUGCCCAGUAUUUAUAGCCUAGUUUCUAGUUCUAAGGGGUCCGAGGCGAGAUCUUCGCCUUCCUUUCGUUAUAUCCCUCUUGAUUUUAGACGAUGGUUUGGCCAAUUGAGAAUCUUGUGCCUACACUGGCACUUAUGGCCGUUGAGGGAGGGGGCACUUCCCGGUUGCUAGCUGUCUUCCACCUAUUUUCUUCAGGGUACAGGUCUAGGGUACCCCGGAUCUGAACCUCUGAGCUCAAGCUUUCUUGGUUGAGCUCCUCUCCUAAUCUCAGCGUCUGAGCUCAAAUUUGGAAUUUUUCUUAGGUUGUUUUUCUUUUUCUGUUCUCUUCUUGGACUAAACAGACAGGUGAUAUAACGUGGAUUGUUAAUCUACAUAAUCAGGCAGGAACCACAUGUCAGUUAGAAUAAUUAAGAUUCUCGUUACUAUAGAGUCCAAAUUGAAUCCUCCAGUAAUUCUAGAAAAUCUUAUCAUGCUAUCCAAAUAUGGUCCUCAAUGUCCUCGAAAAGGUUAAGGGAGUGAGGACACAGUGGGCCUAGACAGUUGCAUAUGAUUCCUCCUUUCACAUCAAGGUUUUUGUCUCCAUAUACGUAGCCAAUCAGUCGCAAUCUUAACCCCUUACACAGUAACCUAGUAGUCAUUUGUAUGUUCUUUCAUUGUCUGAACUUUCACAAAGGUGCUUUUAAGCAAAACCAUGGAGUCUGGGAAGGCAAUUUGUGUCUUUGGGAUACUCUUUUUCGUAUUGGCUGGUAUAGAAGCCAGUCAACUUGGUGGUGGUUUAAGGAAGUGUGGUUUCCCCGCGGUAUACAACUUCGGCGACUCAAAUUCCGACACCGGAGGACUAUCAGCUGCCCUGGAUGAGGUGCCUCCACCUAAUGGUGAAACUUUCUUUGGCAAGCCUUCUGGGAGGUUCUGUGAUGGUCGUCUCAUCAUAGAUUUGAUAGUUGAGAACUUGGGGUUGCCAUACCUGAGUGCGUAUCUGGACUCAAUCGGAACCAAUUUCAGGCAUGGUGCUAAUUUUGCGACCGGAGGCUCGUCGAUCCUACCCGGUGGCUACAGCCCCAUCCACCUAGACAUCCAGAUUUCUCAAUUCAUACAGUUCAAGUCUCGGACCACUGCUCUUUAUAAGCAACUUGGUGACCACAGUAAUCUACCGAGGCCUCGAGACUUCUCAAAGGCUCUAUACACAUUUGACAUUGGACAGAAUGAUCUUGCCUAUGGUUUCGAGCAUACAAAUGAGGCUCAUACCCGAGCUUCCAUUCCUACUAUCCUGGAUGAGUUUGCUCAAGCAGUACAGCAACUAUACAAAAAAGGGGCAAGAGUUUUCUGGGUGCACAACACUGGUCCAAUAGGGUGCCUACCAUACAAUGAGAUAUACUACCAGCCGAAGCCUGGCAAUUUGGACGGCAAUGGGUGCGUGGUGUCACAGAAUGAGGUGGCUCAGGAGUUCAAUAGGCAGCUAAAGGACAGGGUGUCACAGCUAAGGGCACAGCUCCCACAUGCAGCAUUCACAUAUGUUGAUGUGUAUUCAGCUAAAUACACCCUAAUAAGCAAUGCAAAGAACCAAGGUUUUGAAAAUCCAAUGGAGUUCUGUUGUGGCAGUUAUUACGGUGAAUACAUCGAUUGUGGUAAAACAGCGAAGGUGAAUGGUACCAUCUAUGGGCUACCAUGUCAUAACCCAUCAAGAUAUAUAAGCUGGGAUGGCAUACACUACUCUCAGGCGGCCAACCUAUUGAUUGCAGAAGUCAUUCUCAAUGGCUCAUUGUCUGAUCUCCCAAUUUCAAUCAGAGAGGCUUGUCAAAAUCCUAAGAAUGCUUAGUGACAACGCAAAAUCUGUCAAAAAUUAUCAUCCAUUUGCCUAUGGAUUUGCCAAUUUUACCAUAAAUUGAUGGCUUUUGUGUACUGAUUAAUUAUAUUUUAAGUUGUUUCGUUUAACCGGAAAAGUCACUGUAGUGAUGGACAUUUCACCAAUUAAUGACCGUGUUUGCUCGCAUACUUGACAAUAAAACCCCACAGUAUUUAUAUCCGUCAAAGUA